UGUCCGGCCGGGGAUGUUACGGCGGAGGGAUUUGGAGUGGAGUACCGACGUGGUGCUGCGGUUAGCUAAGCAAAAAUGUCUGCCUAAGGAAAGCUCGUAAGUUCUAGCGAGAAGGGGGAAAAGCAGGGAGAAAUAUUAUCGGUAUAGAACCGGGCUACGUCACCGAACCUACUGCCGACAGGGGAGCCCGGGUGCCUUGGAUAGACUGGAUUCAUCUUAGUGGAUAUUAGGAUAAGAACUAGGGCUUUGUGUAAGUGGAUGAAGAUGAACCCUCAGCAGCGGAUUGCCGCUAUUGGAACCGACAAGGAGCUGAGUGAUCUGCUCGACUUCAGUGCGAUGUUCUCUCCUCCUGUUAAUAGUGGAAAAAAUGGACCAACGACUCUUGGAAGUAGUCAGUUCAGUGGGUCAGUUUCAGGUAUGGAUGAAAGGGUGAACACAACAUCGUGGGAAACAAAUGACCAAGGCAGUCCGACAUAUGAAUCCUCAAGGGGUUUCGCUGACAGCCCUCAUUAUGCUGACCCCCUGACUGACAGUAGAUUAGGGAAUCGGGAAGGACUGUCACCAACGCCUUUCCUGAACUCCAGCUUGAUAGCAAAGUCGGAGAGGGGACAUUUCUCAGUGUAUAGUAAUCGGGACUCUGCAGUUUCAGGAGGGGGUCAGUCUGGCACCCUUCGGUUAGAUAUGAGCCUUGGAAGCCCUGUACCGGUGCCGUCAUCGGGGAAGACUGGAACAUCGUAUUAUUCAUUCACUGCCACAAAUCCUAGACGACGGCCACUGCCAGAUUCAGCAGCAGUCGACCCCCCACAAACAAAAGUGAGGAAAGUCCCUCCUGGUUUGCCUUCAUCUGUAUAUGCACCUUCUCCAAGUCCAGAUGACUUUAACAGAGACUCUCCCAAUUAUUCCUCUCCAAAACCACCAAGUAGUAUGUUUGCUAGCACUUUUUUUAUGCAAGAUGGCACGCACAACCCGCCCGAUCUUUGGAAUUCAUCAAAUGGCAUAAACCAACCGGGUUAUGGCGGAAUACUUGGCAACGCGUCCACUCACAUUUCACAGUCUAGCAACUAUGGCAGUUUACAGGACCGCUUGAGUUACCCACCGCAUUCAGUGUCGCCAACAGACAUCAACGCCAGUCUUCCACCGAUGUCUAGCUUCCAUCGAGGCAAUAACAGUAGUUCACCUUACGUUGCCACAUCCCAUACUCCACCAGUCAAUGGCUCUGAUACAAUAAUGGGAAAUCGAACAAACACAGCUGGGAGUUCGCAGACGGGCGAUGCAUUAGGAAAGGCACUGGCAUCAAUAUACUCACCUGAUCACACCAGCAGUAGUUUCCCAUCAAAUCCCUCAACACCAGUUGGCUCACCUUCGCCUUUGACAGGAGGUAAUCAGUGGUCCAGAGCUGGAGGUCAAGCCCCAUCAUCUCCAAACUAUGAAAACUCUCUUCAUUCUCUGAAAAACCGGGUUGAACAGCAGCUCCAUGAGCAUUUGCAGGAUGCCAUGUCCUUCUUAAAGGAUGUCUGCGAGUCUCGAAUGGAGGAUCGCUUGGACAGACUGGAUGAUGCCAUUCACGUUUUACGGAACCAUGCUGAAGGUCCUUCAACAAGCCUAACUGGGGGAGAAAUUCAUAGCUUGCUGGCAGCAGCUCAUAAUGGGCCAGUUGCAAGGCUGAAUUCCAGUUAUGGAGCAACCAAUCUUGUAUCAACUAGUCGAUCGACUUCAAUGGGUGGUCCACAUCGUGAUGAAAGUGUCAGUCUGAAUAGCAAUCAUCCGGUUCUGCCAACUACAGUCUCUGCCACAAGCACAGAAUUAAACCACAAGACACAGGAUAAUUACAGAGCACUUUCUAGUGGCUUAAGUCAGCCUACAUCCAUCUGUCCAGUAGAAAUCAAGACCGAGAUGAAAGAAAAAGAUGAAAACGCACAUGAAACAAACUCUUCAGACGACAUGAAGUCAGAUGAUGAAGGAUCCCAAAAAGAAAUGAAAAUGGGGCACAGAGGAAGAACGAGCAGUACAAAUGAAGAUGAGGAUCUAAAUCCCGAACAGAAGCUAGAAAGAGAACGAGAAAGACGAAUGGCAAAUAAUGCCCGAGAGCGUUUACGUGUGCGAGACAUUAAUGAAGCAUUCAAGGAACUUGGUCGUAUGUGUCAGCUUCAUCUAAAGAGUGAGAAACCACAGACAAAGCUGCUUAUCCUUCACCAGGCAGUAGCAGUUAUUCUCAGCUUGGAACAGCAAGUUCGAGAAAGAAACUUGAAUCCCAAAGCAGCCUGCCUUAAAAGAAGGGAAGAGGAAAAAGUUUCUGCCGUAUCGGCAGAGCCUUCAGCACACCCAGGGGCUCUCCCUGGACUUACAGACACUAGCAACCCUAUGGGUCACAUGUAAGCACCAGCCAGAAUCCCAAAUUAUAUUUGUAAGAUAGACAGUGGGUGACGUUUCCACAUAAAGACAACUUUUUAUGAAGACAUAAAUUUUGAAAAGACAAAAAAAAAAAAAAAACUUGAAGCAAGAAACCCAGACACAGUUGCAGAAUCCAACAGCGUAACAUCUCUUUUUGAGAUGUGAAGAUGUGCAAAUCUUCCGUUCUUAUUUCUGCCCAUGAGAAACAUGGAACAUAUCAUUCUGUCGCAAGCAGUGUGUCGCUUCUGCACAAUCAGACUGUCACGAUCUCUCCACUCAUUGUGGAAGUUGCCUUGUGCCUAAACUGAAUUGACAAAUGCAUUGUAAUUUCAAAUUUUAUUUAUUGCUAUGGAACUUUAAAGGUCUAGUCUAAAGGGAAGAAGUUCAUAUGUUUAAAGCUGAUAAAUUCUCAGCUGAUGCCAGCGUUCAUUACAGUCGUUCACAUUCAGAGAACAAAGCAGUGGCCACCUUUAACCCUUAGCAUUCCCAGCAUACCUUGUGGUGUCUUAACAUGAGGGAAAGUCUACAUUGCCCUUUUCUUUACUUUUGCCAUAUAAAGUGUUUUCCAUGAAAUUGAAAAUGUCCUUAUUGUAGCAUUCAUUGUAUUUUAAAUGUUAUGUUUUGAUAUCUGGUAAUCUGAACAGUUAUGGUCAUAGUUAACCUUAUAUACUGUGCUCCAUGCAUUAAGCCAUUAGCAGUUUGUAGCAGAAUAUUGCUUUUUUUACUGGAAAGGAGCAGUACUGUGACCUUAGCAUCUCUUAGCUUAAAAGGGGUAGCUUUUUGUCUCACAUUCUCCUCCAAUAAACAGAUAUUUUAUUUGUUUUUAUUUGUAAUUGUAUACAAAAAAACUUUUUAGGCUUCUAGACUUCAUAGUAAAGCUGUGUAUUGUGAAGUGUACAUUAGGAGGAAUAAAUUCUAAUUUGUUAGAAUUGCUUUUUUCCAAGCAGUGUGUACCACAUACAGUACAUGUAAAACAGGUGUGCAGUAAGCACAUAUUACAGUACAAAGAAAAUGUAGGCUGUAAUACACAACUAUUGGCUUCCUUGGUUCUUAUUGGUGGGUUGUGCAACAAACAUGUCCGAGCUAUUGGAUUAAAUUAUGUGAUGACAAAAGAGCAGUGGCCACGUUAUCUCUUCGUUAACAAGUUUUGUUUUCUUUUCCUUUUGUCUUGUAAUUUUCACAGUUAGUGGAAGGGAUUUUUGGAAGUGAUUCAUUUAACAGAAUUGUUCCUUUAAAAUAAUUAUCAGUUCAUAUGUAUUUUAAUGAACCUCAGCAGUGUUUGUUCUUUCACCACUAUUGUUGACAUCUUUUUUCAUGAAAUCCCCUUUACUGUGUAAGCUGUCUUCCACAUUAUUGGAUAUAAGAGAAGUUAUGUAAAGCAGGGCUGUCUUUAUUGCUGUUAAAAUAUCAUCUGCAUUAGCUGUAGCAGUAAGCUCACAGAGUGAACAAAACAGUGCUUAAAAAUAUGACUACUUUAAGAUAAUAGAACAAAAUGCCGAUGAGACGGUAGGCUGAGGAGGAAUGAGAUACGCGUAAGGGGUGGUUCGUGAACAAACCAGUUAUGUGCAAAUUCUGUUGAUUUUUUUUUUAAUGUGUACAUUUGUCACUUAACAUCUUAAUACAUAUGUGGCCUUGUUCUUCAUUUCAGUGUUCAUGAGCUAAAAUAAGUUGUUGCGUAUAACCCGUAAAAGUGAUUGCGUGCCACUGCCUGGCCUUUUCCUUCUAAGCCUGUUCCCAUGCUUGUUGUCUUUUUGGCGAUAUUAGACUUUGCUGUAUGCCCAAAAGCUUUCCUUCAUAAAAAAUAGUAAGAAAAAAAAACAUUUGGCUUAUUUUUCACUGUAGCUAGUCUUUUAUACAAUAAUCUUGUAAGAAAAUUUCUUGAAUUCUAAAUAUUACUCUUUCUAGAUUUUUGAAAUAAAAAAAAGUUUUCAGUAAAAAGUUUCUUACUUUAUUUUACUAUAUUAGGUAGUAAAAAUGUAGGGUUAUUUACCAUAACCUGUUCAUUAAUAUCAGAAAUUUACAAUAGCAUUUUAAGAACAUAGUAGGUUCUAGCAUACCAUGUAGUACCUAUGGAGUAUUGUACAAACUAAUUGUUGGAGAUUAAUUGCUUCUCACCUUGGUCUCCAUUUCCUUCGUUGGUUUAAUGCAGAUUUGUACCUGUGUCAAAAAUUUCAAGGUAUUGUUGAUGAACCUUUCAAACCAGCAGCAAAACGUUCAAUUAUUUCUGUCAUUGUAACAGGAAAUACAAUAUGUAUAUAACAUUUAUGUAGCAAUAAAUGUGCCAUCUUUUUUAA